AUGACUACUUCUACUUCUACUUCAUCUCCUCCUGCCUCCACCAGCUCCCCCACCUACCUUGCCUAUCAACACGAUGCCAAACUCCUCCACCUCCAAACGACCAUUCAAUCCCUCGAACGAGUCUCCGAUCUCACAGAAGCCAACCAGGCCCUCUUCAAAUCCCCCGGCGAGAAUGACUACAUCCUCGUGACCAAGGAGACCAUCUUCCAUCCUCAGGGUGGAGGUCAACCCUCUGACGAAGGCUACAUCUUCCCCGCACAAUCCACUCCGUCCAAAACUCCAGACCACGACCCAUCCACCGCGCUCUUCCAAGUCCUCGCCGCUCGCAUGGACGCAUCCAACAACGGCCAAGUCCUCCACCUGGUCCGCCCUCUAGCAUCGUCCGAGUCCCUCCUCCCCCGGCCCAACACCCCCAUUCUCCUCCAAGUCGACUCCGCCAAACGCCUCCUCUAUUCGCGCCUGCACACAGCCGGCCACGUCCUGGGCUCCGCCGUCCGCCAUCUCCUCGAAUCGAUCGUCCCGGACUUUGACGAGCUCAAGGCCUCGCAUUUCCCCGACAGCGCCUCGUGCGAGUUCCGCGGCAGUAUCGGCGGGGAGUGGAAGGGGGCGAUUCAGGCCAAGGUGACGGAGUACGUGGGACGGGCGAUGCCGGUGGAGAUUGAAUUCUGGGGCGAGGAGGACUUUGCGAGGGAAGGCGUGUCGCAUUUGUUGCCGGAUCGGGGGUUGUUGGCGCCGGGGGAGGACAAGUUUCGGGUGGUGAGGAUUGUGGGCGCGGAGGUUUAUCCGUGUGGAGGGACACAUGUGGACUCGACGGAUUUGUGCGGGGAGACGGUGGUGAAGAAGAUUUCGAGGAGUAAGGGGAAUAGUCGGGUGAGUUAUACGGUUGUCUAG